AAUACUCAGGGCUAUAUGAAUUAAUUAUUCACGCCUUCAGAUAUUAAUGCUUAAACUUAAAUACUGAAAACGUUCGUUCUACGUCUCGGCUCUUCAAGUUGCAUUUUUUACGCAUAACUACCUAUGCCUUUAUAGGUGCUCGGGCAGAUGUGAACAACUUAUCACUUGUCCUUACUAGUUUUAACGGUACCUAUAUUUGAGCAUAGGAGAACGCCGUCAAGUUGCCUCCAACUGCGUAUUACUUUAGGAUAUGUUGGUUUUCCUACGUAAUCCGGAUACUUCCUUGUUGCUGUUGCCCGGCCGAAUUUCCCCCUCUCCUGUUGCACCCCGGACUGCCACUGCCCAUUCAAGUAUCCUUCACCAUAACAACGACAGCAACAAAACACAGCAUGCGUUCCGGGCGUCUUAAGCUUCUUUUUAAACAUCAUCCCAGCAUAAUCCCCAGUUAUCACCUAAGCUUCCCACCCUUAGGCUAACGCCUUCUGCCUCCACCCCGCUUAGACAAGGAGCCAUCUCAACUCAGCAUUUCCUGUAACCCACGGAUGUUACACGCAACUCCAUCUGCUGAACACUCAUCGCCGCAUGUCCAAGUUGUCUCCCCUCAUACGAGCCCGAAGCCAUACCUAUUGUCAUAGGUGAUAGGCAUCGUCUCCAGGCACCCCCGGGGGAUCUUCGUCACCGACUCAUUCAAGUUGAUCAGCCAGGUCUCAUCCUAUCUUCCAUUCAUCAAAAAAGCCACAGCACCCGCAUGAGCACAAUGUCUGGAGAAAUCGGACGGUCCGAAGGUGGCAAUGGCACUGCAAAGGGAGCAAAGCCUUGGACAGAUGGCGAGAAGAUUCAUUUCUUGAUGCAGGUCGUUGACCAGCUCUGCAAGAGCGGCGCAUCCGUGAAGUAUGAGUUGCUUGACAUGCCAGGCCGCACACCCAAGUCGAUGACUCAUAUGAUGGCCAAAUUUCGAACUGAAGCUGCCGCGUUUCGAAAAGGCGGCGAUGGCUCUCCGGUCGCUACUACGCCCAAGAGCGGAAAGAAGGGCACCGCCAGCGCUGGUACUUCUGACGGACUAUCCACUGGUUCGCCCUCCGCUCUCUCAGGUCGCAAGCGAAUUAAGUCCGACCCGGACGGAGCCGGCAUCGGGGACCCAGUUACGCCUUCUCCCAAGAAAGCUAGGACUACCGCUCAAGGUUCUGCCCGGCGUGCUACGGCUAGCCUGGCCAAUGUCAAAGCUGAGUCGGACUUGGAGGACGAGCUGUACACGCAGAGCGAGGAGAAUAGCACCAAACGCGGCAAUGACAACGGCGAGAUCUGAGUAGCAGACGACCGAUGAAUUUGCUAUGUGCUCUCGGGUGAACUUUUUUCCUCCCUCCCUCUUCGACCUCCAUUCUUCGAAAAACGCAGACACUUCAAUGGGUCCUAAACACAUUGUUCCAAUGACGAGGGUUCCUGUUUUCACCCUCAGUUUUCCUCAGUCUUUUGACUGAGGCUGAAGGAAGUGCUUUCUACGAUGGUCGAGACUCAUGGCUCCUGUACUUGUACACUGGGUAUUCCCGGCGCAUGAGAGGAUUCAGAAGGGUUAAGCUAGGAAUCACACAUAGUUCCUGCCCGGGCUGAAUAAAUCGCAUUUACGUACGUGCGUAACAGCAGUUACCUUUCUCUAUUGUGAUUGUUGGUAGGGCAUGGGGUGAGAUCUUCUCCCAUCACUCAGUCACGCAGUCUCGACACUCACCUCCGCGGCAAUUAAUACACUACGUUUUGCCUAUUCUCGAUUUAGUAUCGCUAGGACUACUUUGUUCCUACCUCCGUCGUAGGAUAUUAAUGAAC